AUGAUAACCACUUUGAAAGAUAACUAUGACUCUACAAGCUUGUUUCUCACUCUCUCUGCCAUCUUUGCCUUCAUUUGGUAUGCAUGGAUCAAACCCAAGAAUCCCAAAACCUCAGCAUUACCACCAGGCCCAAUGGGCCUCCCCUUGGUGGGCAACCUCCUCUCCCUCGACCCAGAAGUUCCAGCCUACUUUGCAAGCCUGGCCCAAACCUACGGCCCAAUUUUCAAGCUCAAACUCGGAAACAGGCUUGGUAUUGUAGUGACCUCUCCGCCUUUGGCCCGCGAAGUCCUCAAAGAAAACGACGUCACUUUUGCCAACCGCAAUCCGCCAGACUUGGUCCAAAACACCGAAUAUGGUGGACCGGACAUCGUUUGGAGCCCGUACGGGCCGGAGUGGCGCAUGUUGCGGAAAGUAUGCGUGCUCAAGAUGCUUAGCAAUACAACGUUAGACUCCCUUUAUUCCCUCCGCCGCCGUGAGGUACGAAAAACCGCCAGCGAAUUAUAUGGCCGGGUCGGGUCCCCUGUUGAGGUGGGUGAACAAAUAUUUUUGACAAUACUCAAUGUGAUUACCAAUAUGUUGUGGGGUGGCACGUUGGAGGGUGAAGAGAGGGCUAAUUUGGGUGUAGAGUUUAGAGAGGUGGUCACCGGGACAACUGAGCUUCUAGGAAAGCCCAAUAUUUCGGACUUUUUUCCGGGCCUAGCCCGGUUUGACUUGCAAGGGUUAAAGAGGCAAAUAGAUGGGCUGGGCUGGAGGUUAGAUCAUAUAUUUGAGAAGGUGAUUAGUCAACGGGUGAAGAUUGAGAGAGAGGGUGUGAAUGAGAGCAAUAAGGACUUCUUGCAGUUUUUGUUAAGAUUGAAAGAUGAAGAAGAUUCCCAGACUCCUUUGACCAUGAGGCAUGUUAAAGGCAUACUAACGGAUAUGGUAGUGGGUGGGAGUGAUACAUCCUCUAAUGCAAUUGAAUUUGCCAUGGCUGAAAUCAUAAACCAACCAGAAAUCAUGAAUAAAGCCCAACAGGAGUUAGAUUCCACAGUUGGCAAAGACAACAUAGUAGAAGAGUCUCACAUUCACAAACUCCCAUAUUUACAAGCCGUGAUGAAGGAAACUCUAAGGCUGCACCCAACUCUACCAUUGUUAGUCCCUCAUUGCCCAAGUGAGACUUGUGUUAUCGGAGGCUAUACAAUCCCAAAAGGCUCUCAAGUUUUUAUCAACGUUUGGGCUAUUCAUAGAGACCCUUCUGUAUGGGAAAACCCUUUGACGUUUGAUCCAGGGAGAUUCUUAAACGACAAUAAAUAUCGGGACUUUAGUGGAAACGACUUCACCUAUUUUCCAUUUGGAUCCGGCAGAAGAAUGUGUGCCGGAGUUGCAAUGGCAGAGAGAAUGGUCGUGUAUUCUCUUGCUACGCUUUUGCACUCUUUUAAUUGGGAGUUGCCUUAUGGGGAGAAGUUGGAUCUUUCUGAGAAAUUUGGAAUUGUUUUGAAAAUGAAGACACCGCUUGUUGCUAUCCCUACUCCAAGGUUAUCUGAUCCAACACUUUAUGAGUAG